ACUACAAUGAAAUUCUACCUCUCACUCGCCACAAUCGCCAUGCUGGCAGCAUCUGUCAAAUGCACUCAACUUCUCGGCAACUAUAACCUUGUCUCACCGCCUUUCGUCCCUCAAGUGUACAACAAUCAUGCGGGAUCUCCAGGAAUCGUUUCUGCAUUAAGUCAGCGCCAGGACCUCGCUCAUCCCGCUGUUGUACAGAAUUCUAUCGCAGAGUCCCAACUCCCGCCUGAGCUCCUUAAUCCCUUCUACAAGAAUCCUGUGAUUGCGUCGGCACUUGCAAGAGAAUCUUGGUUUACCAAUAAAGAGUUUCCCAUACGUAAUAGAGAAGCCGAAAAGAUAUCCCGGGAGGAGAUUUAUAAAAUUAUUUCCAGAUUGAGAAAUUAAGGAAUAGACGUAGAUUAGUACUGGUUCCUGAGUAUGGAACAUCGUUGCCACUUUUCUAAUUUAUUUGUAAUUUGUAAGACUGUAAUAUAUAUUUUAUUUUAA